AUGGAAUUGCUAUCACUGCCACCGGAACUCAUUCAUAACAUCCUCCACUUCGUCGACUGGGACGACAUCCUCUCCUUCAUUUCGACCACGAAGUACGUCACAGACUCCAUACUUUCCAAGUCAGACAUAUCUCGUCUACGGCGCAACUGUCGCGAUCGCUUGUUGUUCUGGGAGACCGAACGUCGCAUUGAGCGAGGAUGGUCGGUCGAGCCCAACGUCAAAAGAGGUGCCUGGUCCCAGCAUGCUCAGAGAUACGGUCAACGUAUCAUGUCUCCCUGGUACGGUGCGAGAAAUGAUCCGGAUACCCUGGAAGAGAUCCCCGAUACCCUGCCGGCACAAUAUGAUGUAUCGGCCCACGAUAAAUAUGGCAGACAACCGAGAAUCGAAGGCGAUGAGUAUUGGUGGUGGACAUAUAGCCACAUCUGUGCUCUCUGUGCCGCUGAAGCUGGCUAUACGAUGGAGCAGGUGCUGAAUUCAGAGCCCAGAAAAGAUACCUUGCGAGCCAAGAUGAAGCAACGAAAUAGGCGGAGUAUGUUAGCAUCAUUAGAAAGACGCCAGGACCGAGGGCGGAAGAUGAGGGCUUCUCUGGGUAUCCAAGAGCCUUGCGGCCUUUUGGACAUUGAACGUAUGAAGCUGGAGGACGACCCUUUCCCCAAAUUUCAGCCUGCGCCUGUUCUCCUGUACCGGGGUCAGGCGCUAGACGAAGAAUGGAAGGCGCAAAUCCUGAAUCACAUGAACGGCAAGACAUCAGCAGCACAGAUCCAAGCGGACAUUGAUAAGAGGCGUAAUACUAUGCACCCUAGCGUGUAUAGGAGAAUGGACAUAAAUAAUCAAUAG